AUGAACAACUUUGCGGAAAGCAGCCAAGAAAAAGAUGGUCGUUCGAGUUCACGGCCUCGUUGUCGAAAGAGCCUUCUGGUAAUCGCAUUGAUGGGAAUGUCUAUGGUCUCGCUACUAGUCAGUUCGGAUUAUGCAACCAACUCGAUGAACACGAUGCUCGGAAGAGAGCGAAACUACCACAAUAUCGAAGCAACUUCUGAUGCAACUAUCGUGGAUACUCUGACGCAGCCUCAUAAUACAUCUCGCGAAAAAGUAUCACUAGAAUCUCCAACGAAUACCAGUGAAACGAUCGAGAACAAAUCUCUCGAUGCAAACGGUGUUUCGACGUCACCAAUUGGGACUGACGACAAAACAGAUCAUUCAGAGAAAGAGACCAAUCGUAGUCCAACGGAUGGAUCAUCAUUGACGAAGAAUAGUCAAACUGCUGAUAGGACAUUGACUAUUGUGGUGCAGCUAAGUGGUGAACUAGGGAAUCAAGUACACAAGAUUGCCAAUGGCCUCUGUGUGCAAGACCACGUGGAAAACGAACUCGGCCUCAAAACCAAGCUGGUGUUGCGAGCCCAGAAUCAUGCCAAAUGGAAACAUGCCAUGGAAUGGACCAAGGAAGCAUUUCCAAAGACUGGUCCCUUUGAUUUUCGGGCCGGAAAUACCGAAGAAUUUGAUUCCAUCCACAGGUUGCAGGAGCGUUGGAUGGACCAGCUGAUAAGUGAAAACAAACUCGAUUUGACCAACCUAUCGGAUCCAUCCAUGCUAAAGGACCUAUCCUGCUCUGAACCCAAGUGCUAUGUGGACACUGUAAAUUUACUGAAACAAACCUGGGAUCGCGAAGGUCGACCUUCCAUACCAGAUGACGCAACCAUUUCCAUGCCACACAUCUUCGUCACAGCCUUUGCGGGACACUACUGUUUGGACCGAAUGUAUGAGAAAUAUCGAGACUUUUUCCAAAUAGAUGAGAGCACCAUUUGCAAGCAGAUACCAGAUCCAGAUGAGUCGGUCUUGCACUUGCGCAAUUUCUUGGUAGAGAUGCCCAAACGAGGGAAACAGCUGGGCUUUGAGCAGCUGGGUCCGAAUGUGACUGCGACACUAAUAUUCAAAGACUACCAACCUGGCGAUAAAGUGGCCAUUAUCAGUCGCUUCCCGGACAAGGUACAGGACUUUAUUAAUGCACUGAAAGACCAAAAAGGUAUUCGAGCUCGCUACAUUGAGGGUCAGACUGGAAAUCAAGAUUUUUGCUUUCUAAUGAAGGCUCAAAAGGAGAUAAUUGGUCAAAAGGUUUCGACCUUUGUGUCAUUGGCUGGGAUUCUUGGCGAUGCCAAGAAAGUUCGUCUUUAUUCUGUGGAAAGUAUAGAGACAAGGACCCGUAGUGUACAUUUCUUCAACAUGACGUUCGCGAAUGAAGAUUUGCGAAAGCGAAUCGUCUACGAAAACUACAACUUGACGCAUCGGUGA